AGCAGCAGCAGUGGCACUAGCAGCUUACCGGGGGUGUUGCGGCUGCGGCUGCGGCUGCCCCCUAAGAUAUUCAACUUGACCAUUCAUAAUGAAGCGUCUCUCGAUGAGCUCCUUCAACGAGCGUCUGGAGUGGAUGUAGAAGACAUUGAUUCUGUGCGAAGCGGUUUUCCACCGGUUCCCCUGACGGAGGACGAGGGGCCUCCCCUUGCGAAAGUGAAGGAUGGCGAGGCACUCCUCAUCAUGCUGCAUGCUAAUACCGGAAGGCAGGCGAUGUCUUCACGUCCUUUGCCUAAGCGACUUACAGCUCGGAGCAGCAGCAGCAGCAGCAGCAGCAGAAAAGAGCAGGAAAUGCCGUUUUCAAUUGGCAGCAACAUCGUCACUUUGAAAACUCCGACAAAACGGAGCAGCAGCAACAAUAGCAGCAACAGUGGAAGCGCAGCCGCCAGCAACAGCAGAAGAAAGCGUCGUGCAACAAAGAGUUUCCAUUUAGGUUCAAACGAGGAAGAAGUGGUCGAGAAUGUCGUCAAACUCUUUACAGACAAGGGCACUUCCCAGGGAGAACGAGCUUUUCGUGCAGCGUUUAGAGGAGCUCUCAACAGGCGAUACGAUGAGACGUCAGCUGAGCGGCGAUGGUCAGCAGUGCAGGGAGGUGCCUAUACACUCGAACAGAAUCUGCUGCAGCAAGAGUUCUCCGUCUCUUUUCAAGACACCUUGAAUCCCCAUGAGACGGUUGUCGAAACAUACCCCAGUGCGUUGCAAUAACAGCAACAGCAACGUCUUUUUCUUUUCUGGAAUGCCGUUCGUUUGUUCGAGAAAGGCGUCGCCGAAGCUCUUCAAACGGCACUGGGCGUUGAGGCAGCAGACCUGCUGCUAAGCAGGAAAAAGGAACUUACCGCCAAAGCGAAGGAGAACCUGCUGCAGCAGCAGGAAGCAGAAGCAGCUCGCGCUGAGCGGCGGCUGCUGCAGCAGACAAAAGCGGCCGAAAGGCAG